CCUGGGUGGCUCAGUCAGUUAAGCGUCUGCCUUCAGCUCAGGUCAUGAUCCCAGGGUCCUGGGAUCGAGCCCCACAUCGGGCUCCCUGCUCUGCAGGAAGCCUGCUUCUCCCUCUCCCACUCCCCCUGCUUGUGUUCCCUCUCUCGCUGUGUCUCUCUGUGUCAAAUAAAUAAAUAAAAUCUUUUUUUUUUUAAGUACAGAGGUUCGCAGUCUAGACUAGUAUGGCAGUUCUGUGGCAGUUCUAGGUUCAGCAACCUAGGUUCCUUCCAGCUUAUUCCUCUGCCAUCUAGAGUACAGCAGUUAUUCUAAUGGGCCAAAAUGGUGGCUGGAGCUCUAGCCAUUAUAUCCACAUUCCAGCAGCUAGAAGAAGGAACAAAGAAGAAGCAAAUAGUAUGCACCAGUUGUUUUUUAAGUCUUGUAGAAACCGCCAUACAACAUUUCUUCUGCUACAUCUCACUGGCCAGAAGUUUUUCACACAGACACAUCUAGGUGCAAGGGAGACUGGGAAACAGAAGUCUCUUCCCAAAGGCUAUUGCACAACUAAAACUUAGACAUUCUAUUACUAAAGCAGAAAGAAAGAAAAGUUAUUGGAGUAGAAGCUAGCAUAAACAUUUCAUGUUUAUUAAUUAUCUUUCCUUAUGUGCCUUCUUGCAAGUAUCAUUGAUAACACUCUCCCCAAGAUAUUUCUGCUCAGCAGUCUCAUAUCUCUGGCUUCACUGUUGAAGUCCUGUGUACUCUUCAAAAGCCAACUCGCAGGUCCCCUCUUCCAUGACGCUAUGCCCAACUCCCUAGGCAGAUUCUUCCGGCGUUCCCAUGCCACAUCACACUUCCUUGGAUUUAGUUCUUUCCCGGUCUCUCUCCUUGGCCUAUCCCCUCUCCUCAACCAGACAACUCAAGGACAGCUGAAGUUAGGUCGAGGUGUGGAGGGUGAAUUUUUAAGAACUAAGGGAAAUACGCAGCAAAACUGCAAAUGAAGAAAAAGUUAAGUAUGGGGGAUGCCCAUGGCAUGGUAAAGGGGCCAUGCUUGGGGACCCAGUAGAACAGCAGUUCUCAGAUUUGGCUGCCUGUGGAAAUAACCUGAGGAACUUAAAAAAAAAACCUUGAUGCUCACGUUUUACCCCAUCCUGAUUAAAUCAGAAUUUCUGAGCGUGACACCUAGGCAUCGACAUUUUUUAAAGUGCAUGGGUGAGGUCAAUGUGCGGCCUUAUUAAAGAAACAACACAGCUGAAAACAGAGGAAAAGACACUGAAAGAAGCUGCUUUCCUCCUUCAGAGACCUUGAGGGUUUGUUGUUCACCUACAAGGUUUUCCAAGCAAUAUCGUUAGUCUUAUCCUUUUAGGUUAUUUCCUUCCAGCCGAAGACAGAGAUGUAUUUACAUAAUAAAUUGUUAUUGAUUGGAACACUUCUAGUGAGAAUUAUUAAAGCCCUCCCAAGUUUAUUUCAGGCAGUCUGAUGCACUAUGGGUCAAAUAACUCUCAAGCUUCCCCUUAAGUAACUAAAUUAGAGUAGUCAGCCAGGGAAAUAAGAAAACAAUCUUACCGAAGCUCACCUCAUUUGUGACACAUAAUACGUUUAAAUUGCUUUAUCGACUUUACAGAGAAGCAUGCCAGAUCGAUCACGAGUGACAGCACUGUGAUUGCUUUUAUCAGGGUAUGAGGGGCCAUAUUUCAAACUCAGUGUGAGUGUUGGACUCCAUUUUCAACUCACAGUAGUGAGAGCUUCACGCACUUGCUACACGUAAAGAAUAUCCCCCAUUCUUGGAACAAGAAGGAGUGCAUUCCAGAAAAGUUUUGUACUGUUUUCUCCAAAAGAUAAAAAGUUAGGGAGGGAGCUCUCUUAAAUAGGCUUUGAUCCUUCUUUUUUCCUGUUCAAAGAUUUCUGAGGGAAUGCAGAAUUGCUUUAAUUCCGUGACUCUCGGGUCUUCCACAUGUUUUGUAAAAAUUGAGGAAAAACGGUUUUGGAGUCGUUCUUUCCCUUUUCGCUGCAGUAUGUAUAUCCAGUUCUGGGGCAGAAUUUAACGCUCUGAUUUUCCAAGCACAUUUGGAGAUUUCUGGAAGUUGUUUCUAAGUGUUCCUUUGGCAUGGAAGUUGAGACUCUGGCUUUGGUUGAUAUUGUUACUGGUGAAAAGCAAGAAAUUGCUUGGAUCUGUGCCUUCGAUGAAAUAGAAAGGGAGCCAGGAAACGCACUGGCCAAACUGCAGAAUUGGCCGGAUCCGCCAUGUAGCUCCGAACCAGAAAAAGAGGCCUCGGAACAUGUGUGUUUGCCAGGAAAGAAAACUGCUUUAUUGAAAGGUUAAUUUUCAGAUUAGUUUGGGGAAAUUUGAGAUAAAUAAAUGAAAUCAGACAAAAAACAUAAGGCCUGGAUCCUUUUUCCCGGGGUUUUCAGAAAAUAGUCACUGCUUCCAAUGAAAUGUUUUGACAUUUUCAGCAGGGAGAAAAUGUUAAUUGUAAUGUUAUGUGUAUGUGUUCUUAAAAACACUUGCGAAUAAAUCUUUUAUUCGUUUUAAGAUUAAUCAGAGAGUAAAAACACUAUUAGGAUGUUAGCUAUGUUCGUUACUCCUUAUGGUCACUUUUCUGCUGUUUGGGAUGUUGCAGUUCAUUUUCACGAUUCAAAUGUACCAAUUUGGAGAACAUUCCUUUACUUGUCUUACAGUUCGGUUGCAAUUUUUUGAGGAGUCUUAUUACUAAACAUCCAUGGGGUCGGCCUGGGUUUCUUCCCUUGUUCUGUCUCAUUUGUUGCUUGCUCUCUUCCCUUGAUCAGUGGCUCCCUUACUAUGUUUACAAAAUCAUCAGCACUUGGGACGCCUGGUGGCUCAGUCAGUUAAGUGUCUGCCUUUGGCUCAGGCCAUGAUCCCAGCGUUCUGGGAUUGAGCCUCAUGUGUGGCUUCCAGCCCAGCAGGGAGUCUCCUUGUCCCUCUCCCUCUGCCCCUCCCCCUGCUCGUUCUCUCUCUCAAAGAAAUCUUUAAAAACAAAAAAAUUAAAUCAUCAGCACUUAAAAAGACUCCCUUGCAUGUCGGUGGCCCACUGACUCAGUAUACUGAAUACGUGUGCUACUGAGCUACUUAGUGGCAGGGGCUGAUUGACUUUUGCUCUCUGCUCCCACCACUUCCUUGCUUUGCACUUGACAGACACCCUGUAGGUGUUUGUUGAAUGACUGUUACUCAUACCUUCCUUUCUCCGGUCAUAUAUCCCUAUCCCAGAAUCCCAUGUUGGAGUUGACUAGAGGUGCAUAGCCAAAGAGGAGGUCUCACUGCUGAGUAUUACCAUAUUACAUUGUCUGUGGUCGCUUAGGAGGGAAACACCAACAAGGUCACACAUUCAUGGACCGGCAGGAACCCAAAUGUAAAUGUCACCACCUGAGUCCCAGCCCUGCAAACUGAGUCUCUGGAAGAAAGAGAAAGAACUUUCAAAGAAAGUUCUAGCUUCAAAGAAAGCAGCUUUGGCCCUUACUGAACCAUGAUCUAGAACACAUGCAUAUAGUGGGCAUCCACAUGCUCAUCCACAUGGAGAAAAAAAGCCCUUAGUAAUCAUCUUAGCAAGCAGUUAGGGUCUAAUUUGAUAUUUGUUCGCAUCUUAGUUAAAAGAUACAAUGAUUCUUACAGAAAACGCUUUUCCCUCUUAAAGAUCACGGUCUUUAAACCUCAAGCAUGUGAAUAAUCUCAAAAGCAGAUCUGAUUGGAAUAAAAUGAUAAAUAUACACGCUUUCCCACAAACUACCUCCAAGAGUGCUGUUAAGUACAAACGGAGGGGGGAGCCUGCCAUAAUUGAGGCGGUUCUUCAUUUAAGGGCACUGGCACAUACUCUCCCUCAUGUGCUGAUAAACAAAACAUAAAAACAGAAUGAGCAAAGCUGAUUUAAGCUUUAGGUCUCAUGUAGAUUAGUGCCAACAAUGUAGAAAAUGAUCCGCGGCAAGGAACAAACCUUAACUCAUUCACAGAUACCAGUGGCAUUUUCAGAAGUGGCUUUUCUUGGCAUGUUUCUAAAACCUGUGGGACCUGUGUGUCAUGAGGAGGAUGGCUGGAUCCUGCCAUUAAAAGCCAAUCAGGGGGCGCCUGAGUGGCUCAGUCGUUGAGCGUCUGCCUUUGGUUCAGGUCAUGAUCCCAGGGUCCUGGGAUCAAGCCCCGCGUCGGGCUCCCUGCUCUGCGGGGAGCCUGCUUCUCCCUCUCCCACUCCCCCUGAUUGUGUUCCCUCUCUCGCUGUGUCUCUCUCUGUCAAAUAAAUAAAUAAAAUCUUAAAAAAAAAAAAAAGCCAAUCAGUAACAUUCAACAGACUUAACCACCAACACUUGCAUGACUAGAUUAAUGUUUUAGAGUCAGUCAUCGGGCUCAUUAUUACUGGGAUUUUCUCUGGGUCAUGCUAAUAAACCGGAUUAUUGAUUUUAGGAUUUUCUGUGUAUCCAAGGAUAUUCUCUAAGAUGUCUUUACAAGGUUUCAUGCUUAAGUUGUCAACCAAAAUGACAUCACAAUGAGUAAUCAUUUUCUAAUCAUGUUAAAAGGGGUUAAAAACGGCGUAUAAAAUGAAUCUUUCCAGCUUUGGGGGAACAGGAGCAUUCUUGCUGUCACUCCUCCAGCUGGGUGACGGUCAUCCCUACCUGCGUGCCAUCUUCCCCAGGACUUAGCUGUGUUCUCAGCUUAAGACCUUUGAUAGUCAGAAAUCUGCUUUCCAAUAUGUUUGAAUGGCAGGAGAGCUCAAAAGACACCUCAAUCUAAAUAGGAUUUUAGCCCAUCAGGUGCAAUUCCAAAGUAAAGCAGGCUGGGUGGCUGUACGGGUGGUGGUGUUUAUUCAUCUUUCCUUCUCGUGUCAUGCGUAUGGAUGGACGCUUCUCGGCGUAUAUGCCCGGCUCUCGGGGCGUAUGGGGCUGGUGAAUGCAUGCGUAGAGUGUGUGUAUAUGUAAAGUAGAAACUGAACCAGGGUCACAAAAUGAACUAUUGUCUGCAAGAAGUAUAUGAAGUGCACCCCGCUGCCGGCAGCAAUUGCUACAUGCAGGCCACUGAUUAUUACACGUAUUUUGAAGAUAGUCCGGGCUACAGUGGUUGCAACGCUCAGGCUGUGCCCAGUAACAACAUAUAUAUGGAACAGGCCUGGGCAGUGAAUCAGCCUUAUACCUGUAGUUACCCUGGAAACAUGCUGAAAAGCAAGGACUCUGAUUUGGACAUGGCCCUGAAUCAAUACAGCCAACCUGAGUAUUUCACUGAAGAAAAGCCUACUUUUUCUCAAGUGCAGUCGCCAUCGUACUCUCAAAAAAAAGGGUACAUCCCCAGUUAUUUAGACAAGGACGAGCUAUGUGUAGUGUGUGGUGACAAAGCCACCGGGUAUCACUACCGCUGCAUCACGUGUGAAGGCUGCAAGGGUUUCUUUAGAAGAACCAUUCAGAAAAAUCUCCAUCCAUCCUAUUCCUGUAAAUAUGAAGGAAAAUGUGUCAUAGACAAAGUUACGAGAAAUCAGUGCCAGGAAUGUCGCUUUAAAAAAUGCAUCUAUGUUGGCAUGGCAACAGAUUUGGUACUGGAUGACAGCAAGAGGCUGGCAAAGAGGAAGCUGAUUGAGGAGAACCGGGAGAAGAGACGGCGGGAAGAGCUGCAGAAAUCCAUCGGGCACAAGCCAGAGCCCACGGACGAGGAGUGGGAGCUCAUCAAAACUGUCACUGAAGCCCAUGUGGCCACCAAUGCCCAAGGCAGCCACUGGAAGCAGAAACGAAAAUUCCUGCCAGAAGAUAUUGGACAAGCACCAAUAGUAAAUGCCCCAGAAGGUGGAAAGGUUGACUUGGAAGCCUUUAGCCAUUUUACAAAAAUCAUCACACCAGCAAUUACCAGAGUGGUGGAUUUUGCCAAAAAGUUGCCUAUGUUUUGUGAGCUGCCAUGUGAAGACCAGAUAAUCCUCCUCAAAGGCUGCUGCAUGGAGAUCAUGUCCCUUCGCGCUGCAGUGCGCUAUGACCCAGAAAGUGAGACUUUAACCUUGAAUGGGGAAAUGGCAGUGACACGGGGACAGCUGAAGAAUGGGGGUCUUGGGGUGGUGUCAGACGCCAUUUUUGACCUGGGCAUGUCACUGUCUUCUUUCAACUUGGAUGACACUGAAGUAGCUCUCCUUCAGGCUGUCCUGCUAAUGUCUUCAGACCGCCCAGGGCUUGCCUGCGUUGAAAGAAUAGAAAAAUACCAAGAUAGUUUCCUGCUGGCCUUUGAACACUAUAUCAAUUACCGAAAACAUCAUGUGACACACUUUUGGCCAAAACUCCUGAUGAAGGUGACAGACCUGCGGAUGAUUGGAGCCUGCCAUGCCAGCCGCUUCCUGCACAUGAAGGUGGAAUGCCCCACGGAACUCUUUCCCCCAUUGUUCUUGGAAGUGUUCGAGGAUUAGACUGACUGACUUCAUUCUCGUAAUUCCUACAGCACUACUGGGUGUCAUUUCAUUCCAUUGCCUAGAUCUUUUUUGUUUGUUCCUUUGUUUCUUUGUGUUGGGAGGGACUGUUUGGGGAUAAAGGGAGGUAGUCCUUAGCAUAGACAUGGAUGAAAUUGCCCCUUGAAUGCGGGUACUUGUAACUAUUGCAUUUUGUUCUCCAGCCCUUUGAUGUGAAUGCUUUGAAGGUUUUACAGUUGUGGAGGUAGGGUGGGGACAAUCAUUAAUUCACCAGCACCAAGCCAUCACCAGCUCCCAUCAGUCCCUGGUCAGAGACUCAAGCAAGCAAAAUGGCGUGGAAGAAGACUAAUGAAGCCUUAAAACCAAGAUAAUAUGGUCAUCUUGAUCCAGUCCUGAUUUUUGAAGGGCUCAAAUUAGCAUGGUGCAGACCACCUUUGGUUAGAUGUGGCUUUCAGCUUUCUAGGGAAAGGUCUGAAUUGAUUUUUAUCUAUUCAAGAGCAUGCUGUUUUCAGCACUCUUCAUUCUCUCCUGGCAACAUGACUUGGGAUGUAUAGGAAUAUUUGUUCCUGAAAAAUCAGCUGUCCUUUCACUCUGAUUUUUAUAAUCCUAUGAUUUCAUUCAAGUUAUACAAGGGUGUGACUCAAAGAUGUGCAGGUAUCUGACUGACUGAGGCCAACGAGGGAAACAAUUUUCCUCAGCAAGCCCAAAGAAAUUAGAAAGCUUCACUAAUGUCAGUGACUCAACAGUUUCCAAAAAUCCACACGGUGUUACCUCAGAGUAGGAAGGCUUCUUUACAGUUUAGGCUCAGAGAAAAUUUCCACCAAAAUCAAACCGAUUUACAGAGUGUUGUCACUUUUCAGUGACAUCUGAUCUGUCAUCUCCCAAACUCCUGAAGUUAUUUAAUCCUGAUUGCAUCUUUGCUGAGCUGACAACAGAUUUCCCUAUGGAUUAAAUCUUCUAAUCAAGGAGAGAUAACAAGCUGAAAUUUGAGUCUUGUUCUGGAGGAAUUCUGAGGAGAGAUAAGUGUGGUGCAUUCUGAGUUGAACGAAGUGCAGUGUUCUGAGAGUCUCUUCAUGUGCUGAUGGUUCCCUUUGGUCUUAGAUCCUCAGGCUCUUUGCUCUACAAACAACUGUUUCCUAGUCCCCUUUUCCCUCUGACUCUCAGGCUUGACUGUCACUGAACAAAGCCUGGUCUGGCCACUGACCCUCCCUGUCCCUCCUAGAGCGUUGCCCUGACAGAUAUUUCACAGAAGAUACCUGCAGACCAUGUACACGAAUCCUCACCUUCCCUGCCUAACCUGCCUCCCUGAUGACAAACACUGCAGUAGGUUGUGCCCAGAAAACCCAUGGUGACCCCUAAUCAUUUCAACUUCAGAAAAUGGGCAAAGAAUGUACCCAUGCAACUGAAUGUAUCUUGUUCUUCACCGGCAUAGUAGACAUGAACUAUUCCUUUACCUGCCUUGAACUGCCUUAUCCUGGAAAUAUUGGGGAAAAUAAGCCAUAUCACUGAGAUUUAACUAAAAACAAAGGAAUGCAAGUCACUAUGAAAAUCAAGUGGACUAAUUCUUUUUUAACUAGCCUAGAAAUCAGGGUGCCUGAGUUCUAGUUUGUACUCUGGCAACUGGUGGAUUUGUGACCUUGUUGGUUUUCUCACCUGGGAGAAAGUCAUGAACCUUAAAAUCCUUCCCAUCCUUAAUAUUGUACUAGUUUCGGGGGGAGAAAUCUGUUCCUUUUUGAUGGUUUCUUUCAUAUUCAAAUUUCUAGCUUUAUUAAACAGAAAUUAUGGCCCUCAACAGUUAGGGAAAGCAUACUUGGUGUUGAGUCAAAACAAGAAUUUGAUAUACUAUUCAUCAGCUAUGUAGAGAAAGGCAGGAUGGCCUUGGAAAAAGGAGAGGAACAGCACUGAAAAACUUAAGUGUGACUGGGAAUAAUCUGGAAGGAAAAAGAUAUGUUUAAUGCACGAAAUGAUUAUACUGGCUUCUAAGGAAGAGGAAGCCAUAUCGCUACGGAACUAGCUAAGCAAAGAAAGGAAGUAGGGGAAGAGAUUAAAAUUAUAAACAUGAAGUUCAUGGGCAGAUUACCUGCUUUGGCUUUAUCUACAGACAGUCUGUUUUGUUUUGUUUUCUCUAAGGCAGCCUCUAGCCAGUCUCCUGAAGUCCUUGCUUUGUUAGCAACUGAGCUCUCUCUGUUGACUCUCCUUGAAGAAGUACCCUUUGAAACAUAAUGCUGAAUUACCUUCUACACUCCAGGGUAACUCUGAGAAGCUCUGCGGGUGAGGGGCAAGUUUUCUCUCAGAAGGAAUGAAAGGAAUGCAAGCAGGAGGGGUACUGGAGGGUUCACAGACCCGUUAGGCAUCAAGCCUUCCCUGGGAAAGUUUCCUCAAUUUGUUUGACAGUUUCUGGAGUAUAUGAGACACACCCAGAUUCAAAUAUAAGUACAGAGCCUGAUCUAAGGCUAAAUCUGAAUGCUCUGGGGAUUAACCAUGACUGGGCAUUGGCCAAAUGCUACAGUAUAUCUACAGUAAUCCAGCCAGCCCCAAGUAAAUUUAUGUCUGAUCCUCGGUUCCUUAAAUGACUGCCUUAAACAGGCAAACUGCUGAUCUAAAACUCUUGUUGUAGGCUGAAUACUUUAUGCUGAGCAGGACACUCCUUAAAGUACUUCAGUUUGAAAGAAAAGGCUGUAAAGACUCAAAGGAUCGUGACCCUGGGGUCAAAAUGAUUCAUUUCUUCUGUAACUCGUUGAGGUACUUAGUGCAUCUCAAGACUCCAUCUCAUAAAACUCAAUCAGGAGGGAUUUACCCUGGAUUUUUUUUUAACAUUUUUUCUUAUAUUGUCCGGGCUUUCAGAUCAAGUGUGGACCUGAUUGAAACCCCUCACAGAGGGGAGACAUCCCAGUACAGGAGAACACACCUGUACAACUGGGAUUCUUAUUUAUAAAUCACUUCACGUUCGGGGAUGAGUGGUGUGGGGUGUGUGUGUGUGUGCGCGCGCGCGCGCGCGUGUGUGUGUGUGUGUGUGUGUGUAAUCCUCAAGUGUACUUUGCUCUUCAAUUUAGAUGUGCAGUAUUUCCAGAAAUAGUGAAAAAAGUAAGAUCUUUUCUUCUUUAUGAUUCUGCUCAAAACACCACGUGCUGCCUCAGAGCUUUUUCUAGUCAAACGAGCCUCGGUCCUCAAUGACGUGCUUGCCGUGUUGAUGCCUCAGCCCAGUGAUACUCCCUCUCACCUGUGCCCCAAGUGACACCUCUUCCAUCUGCAGUGCGGUCUUCGGUCAUCGGAGUGGACCACCAGGCUCAGCUCUGCUCCAGCAACGCCAUUCUCAUUGUUCUUCUGUGGACAGGUGCCCAAGUCUUGGCGCCUCCACAACACUAAGCCCCCGACAGACUCAGCCUCCAUGGAACUGCUGAGAACCCUCAAAGCAUGUCAUUGUCAGUGAUCCAUUUUUAUUCUAUGGAACUCUAACCUAUUUGUGUCAUAUUGACCUUUUGAUGCAUGAGUCAUAAAUUAUGAAAUCGGUCUUAUGGUUUUUGAAAUGUAGCCAGCAUUUGUAAGGCUAAACCUUUUUCACAAACUGAAUUUAAGUGAAUAACCAAGCCGCAGUUCUUCUCCCAAAGGAGAGUGCUUACAGACAUUUGAAUCUCUUUGCCCUUUCCAACAGCUAUGGCAUCAGGUUCUAAAAUAAGCUUGUAAUUUUUCCUGUUAUUUUAAUAAUAUGGAAAUAUUAGCAUAGUGUUUCUUUUGAUAGUGAUAGACUAUAAUCCAUAUUUAAAUUUUAUAGAGAAGAAAUUUUAUUGUACUGUGAUGUAGAUAUUUAUUAUCCAGGUAAGGAUUUGCCCGGUGUGUAUUUUUUACAAUUGAAACAUUUUACUUUAAUCUUUAAAAAAAAAAAAAUACAUUAAAAACAGACACAAAAAAAAAAAAACAGACUAGGGGGGAAAAAAGGUUUGGCCUUAUCACAGAAUUUUUACUGUGCUGUAUAAAUGUUUGCAAAUGCAAAAAGUAUGCAUUUCUAGUGUGUUUCCACAUUAAUUAAUGCCGCCUUCAAGAGCAAUAUCGUGCAGGUAAAACGCUGUUUGUGGCUUUCUUUUGCACAGUUAAAGCUGACCCACCUUAUGCACAAGACAAUCAAAUAUAAAUCUGUCCUCCUCAGGAUGCAGACAAUACUCAUGUAAAUUAUGGAGCACAAUGUAAGACAAAAGAAGACACUUUAUUUAAUUACACAGGUAUUGUUGCUAUAAAAGAUGUAAGGGCAUGAAUGAGCUGACAUUACACCACUUCUUUGUUUUGGUUCUUCCUAAUUAACUUGGCAUUUUUCAUUUGAUUAUACAGCCAAGUUAGUUCUCUAUGCUUUCCCCAGAAAAAACACGUUUCUCGCCCCCCCCAUAAUGUCUUCAUGCCCUGAGAAUCAGAAAAAUACUACAGAAUAGGAAAAGAUUUACAGUCAUUGGAAGAUAUGUGUUUUGCAAACAGUGUUAAGUGAUAUUGCUAAGUUGGUAAUAUUUUUUUCAGCCUAAAACUCUGUUAAAAUCUGUGAUCAAAAUGUUUUAAACUAUCCAAAAAGAAAAUUUGUAUAUUUGGGAAAAAUGAAUUUUUACAUAGCUUUUGUAUGCAGAUAUUAAAUUGUAAUUAUGAAUAUAGUGGGCGUAGAUAAACUCAUAAGCUUCAAUUCUAAAAAAGAAAAAAGAAAAAGCUUAUAACCGA